AUGAAAAAGUAUGGAGUUCGCCACAAGAUUGCUACACCCUAUCACCCACAAACAAGCGGACAAGAGGAGUUGGGCAAUAGGGAAAUCAAGAGAAUCUUAGAGAAAACGGUGCAAAUCUCAAGAAAAGAUUGGGCGAUGAAGUUAGACGAUGCACUGUGGACAUAUCGGACCGCGUUCAAAACUCCAAUUGGCAUGUCCCCGUACAAAAAAGAGUCAGGUGCUAAACGCCUUCUACAACUCAAUCAAUUGGACGAAUUUCGACAUUCGGCCUACGAGAGUGCACAACUCUAUAAGGAACGAACGAAGAAGAUACACGAUGCGAACAUUUCGAAGAAGGAAUUCCAUGAGAGAGAUUAUGUUUUGUUAUUUAAUUCACGACUUAGAUUGUUUCCUGGAAAAUUGAAGUCGCGAUGGAGCGGACAGUUCAAGGUGAUAAAAGUUUUUCCUCAUGGAGCGGUGGAAUUGGAAAACUCAACCGAAGUUGCAUUCAAAGUAAAUGGGCGAAGAUGCAAACAAUACCUCGGUGGAUUGAUGGAGCGACAAAGGGAAGUUUUCUCCCUCACUUAA